CACUGUGAUGAACUUCUCCGAAACUUUUUCAAACUCGUAUCUGACUAUUAAUGAAUUACUCGCUAAUACUAUCAGUACUGUAUUCACCACCACGCCGCUGACGCAAGCGGUCACGUGACGCUGCCGCUGGUUACGUGCAGCGUGAGUUUCUCUCGCAGUCUGUGUUUAACACACACUCACACACUCCACUGGACAUAAACAAGAGCGAAGGGCCUUUGUGCUGCACUCAUCCCUGACUGUAUCCUCCAGCGAUAGCUGAGUCCAGUCGUGUUUAUUGAGUGUGUGUCCGCGCGGGAUCGAGCGGACGCUCUGAUGCCUGAAACCUUUAAGGACAUUAAAUACUUAAAAUGAACUGAUGAUAAUGUCCAUCAACAAGUUCUCAGUGGAUGUUCAAUAAGAGUGGAUAACCAUCAUAAUUAAUCAGGACUCUCGCUGGAGACUAAGUAGACAGAAAUAUGGCUAGCAAGAGGAAGUCGACCGUUCCAUGCAUGAUUCCUGUAAAAGCCAUGCAUCUGCAGGAUGACUUUGAGCGGGACAGACUGUCCCCUUCAACCAAGGACAUUGGCUUUUCCGUAACAGAGGAAGCAAGUGGAAAAAGCAGUCAAAGUUUGGAUGAGUCCUCUGGGCAAGAAGCAGGUGAUACCCAUAAAGAUGACGGCAUUUACACUUGUAGGCCAUGUAACUUUGAGACCCAGGACCUAAAUCUUUUCCUUGAUCAUGUCUACAGUGGGCACCCAGAUUUCCGCAUUGACCCCUGUUUUCUUUGUGUGGAUUGCGGUAUAAGUGCUGCAAAAUUUGAGGGCUUGGCACUGCACAAUGCCCGUGUCCAUCCGAGUACAAUAAACACCACACUUCAGCUCAAAAAGAUGGACAAUAGAAUGAUAGUAGAGCAGAGUCUUUGCGUGGAGCAUUGUGAAAGCACUAGCUCUAAAGAAUCUGAGAUAUCCAUUACCAAGACACCAAUCAUGAAAAUGCUGAAGGGUAAAUCAGAACCCAAAAGGAUUGUAGUUUCCCACCCUGCAACCGAUGACCCUCCCCCCGUUAUUACCAAAGUAGUGGAGAAAAGUGAGUCUCCUGCUGUUACAGUCACUCAUGUGCCCACUAUUGUACACAAUGGAGCAGCCAGCAAAGUUGCCCUGCCAUCGGCCAUACAGAUUGUUAAUGGCUCAGGGGCUUUGCCGAUGCUGAAGACAGCUGUUACACAAGUCGUAUCUGUUGUGCAGAACAGAAAUCUCAAUCAACAAUCUGCUCCAAUCACGGUCUCCUCAUCCCACUCCUCUUCGGCAUCCUCAUCAAGUACUAAGAAUCUUCCAAAAGUAAUGAUCCCCCUGAGCAGCAUUCCUACUUACAACUCAUCCAUGGACAAUAGCAGUUUCUUAAAGACAUCCUUUAGCAAGUUCCCUUAUCCAACCAAGGCUGAGCUUUGCUACCUUACUGUAGUCACCAAGUAUCCCGAGGAGCAGAUCAAGAUCUGGUUCACAGCACAAAGGCUGAAACAAGGAAUCAGCUGGUCUCCAGAAGAAAUAGAAGAUGCCCGCAGAAAAAUGUUCAAUACAAUCAUACAGGCAGCACCUUCAAACGGCCAACAGCAACGUCAGACCCACCACACCACUACUCAACCAACUAUCACAGUUCUGGGCACAACCGGCAUCCCUCAUAUCUUACAAGGUAGCCUUGUUGGGCAAGGAGGGGUGAUUGUCACCCAGCCAAUGAUGGCUAAUGGAAUUCAGGUCAGCAGUGCCCCUGUUGCAUUAGCCGUAACACCUAAACCUCAGGCUGCUGCAAAGCCUACGAUGCAAGCCAGACCUGCCGCAGCCCUGGUAGCCGAUAAAGGAAUCAGCAUGGUUUUAGGCACAGUUGGUAGCAGCAGUAGUGGAAAUUGCAGUAGUAGCAGCAGCAGCAAUGCGAGUACGAGCAGUGGUUCAAGCAGUAUUAGUAGUACUAGCAGCUUAUGUAGCCAGGCUAGUGUAAUAAGUAUUGGUAGCAGCAGCUCUGCUAAGUCAAAUAGCAACAGUAAAGUUAAGGUCAAUACACCGGGUACUAAUGCCACUUGCAUUCAAAGCAACAGUAAGAUUGUGAAAAGUGAGGGUAAAGGCAAUUUUGAGGCUAAAAGCAACAUUAACAGCAAGAACAUUGUUUCAACUGCCAGUACCACUCCAACCACGACCUCGGCAUCUACGACUACAACAGAUAGUGCCGUACCAAGUAAAUCAGACUCUCCUAUCUCUAUGAACUCUCGUAUAUUCUCCAACACUAACUUCCUGGACCCAAACUUUAACAAAACCAAAAAGUCCCAGGAACAGCUGGCAGCCUUAAAGGAGAGCUUCCUUGUUAGUCAGUUUCCUAAUCAAGAAGAAGUAGACCGACUUAUAAGCCUAACUGGUCUGUCUGUACGCGAAGUGCGGAAAUGGUUCAGCGACCGCCGCUACCACUUCCGGAAUCUGAAGGGUUCAAGGUCAAGUGGUGGAGGUCAAACUGUUACUAGUGGUAGCAUUUCCCAACUGGAUACUCUUGUUGCUGUGGACCUGUCCGAAAACAGUUCACCCCCAGAGAGGCCCAAAACUCCCCAGCAGUCACCUCUCAGCCCCUCACAGACAUCAUCCCCACCAACUCCAACACGGCGUCCUCCACGACCCCCAUCGCCAGAUUUCACGGCGAUACGGUACAAAGAGCGAGACCCCCACCAGGUUCGUGCUUUGGAGGCCAGCUUUGCACAGGACCCAGAUCCAUCUAGUGAAGAAGUUGACCGGUUAAGAGCAGAAACAAAGAUGACUCGCCGUGAGAUCCACGGUUGGUUUGCUGAGCGACGGAGGAGGGUAGCAGCAGAGAAGAAGAAAGAGGAAGCUGAGAGGGCAGAAAGGGAAGAUGAUGAUCUGGUGGGAGAAGCAGAGGAGCAUGGAAUAAACAAGGAAGAAAUCGGCAAUGAGGAGACCCAUGAAGCUGAAGAUUCCUGCAAGGAAACACAAGACGACAAAGAUGAGAAACAGAAGGAUGAGACCGGUACUGAGCCGAAAGUUAACCCUAUCAAAAUCAAUCUCAAAAUGCUGAAAGUUACUGAAUCUAAUGGAAAAGGUGAACCAGAGAGCAGUCAAUUGAAUGAGGCUACCAAGGUGGCACAAUCUAUCUCUCAGACAACUGUUCCUCAGACCUCCCCAUACCGAGGUAAGAAGACGCCCGAACAGCUCCAUCUGCUGAAGCAAGUCUUUGCACGCACCCACUGGCCCAGUAGUCCCCAGUACAAUGAGCUAAUAACUAAAACGGGCCUAUCACGACCAGAGGUGGUACGUUGGUUUGGAGAUUGCCGCUAUGUCCUGAAGAAUGGUCAGCUCAAGUGGCUUGAGAGCUACCAAACCAUGGUAGACGAGGAAGACUUCCAGAAAGAUAGCAUUGGUGUCCUAAAGGAGCACCUAGACAAACAUGGGAAACUAGAUGAGACUAAGUUGGAGGAGAUUGUCAAAUCAAGUGGGUUAGGUGAGGAAUCAAUCCGGCGGUGGUUUGCAAAUAAGACGCCACUUUUAUUGGAGGAAAGGAACUCUGAGAGCCCAGGAGGUGUGAUGACUGAAGAAUCAUCAUCAUCUGCAACCCCAACUGAAGCUGCUCCAGCAUCACAGCAUGCAGACCAUGAAGAUGUAAAGGUGGAGCAGUCAGGAAGCAGCCUAAUCUCUAAGGAUCAAACCACGAAGUCAAUAGUUGAGAUAUCAACAAAUCCUAAACAAGAGUCUGACUGAAGAGGAGAGUGGAUGUAUGAAUGAAUGUGAAGCGAUAUCAGCCCAUGGGAUUACAGCACGUGGUCUUUAAUUGAAGGCUUUUUUUAAACAAAUGACAGAUUAUACUUUAACAGGAGCACUGGAUAACAUCUCUGCAAAAAAGAACUCUUCCCCCAAUGAAUAUUCCCUUUUUCUCCAAGAGUUACUAGCUGUCCCACUGUUCAAGACAUGGUGUGGAUUAUCAAAGGUCAGGAUGCACCCCUUCACCAGCCAGCUGCUUUUUCUAUUUGGAUAGGAUAGAGGGGAAAACAGACCUUGUCUUUGUGAUGUGACAGACCCAAGAUGAAGUCCAUGGAGAAGUUUUUCUUGGAUGUGUAUUUCCUAACUUUUUCUUCUGGGGAGGAAUUACCAUUUUUAGGGGAUUUAAGGUGGUACGAAGCGCAAACUGCACAGCUCUCAUUGAGCCCUUUUGUAUUUCUUAAAAUAUGACUGACAAUUGCACCUCAGAGAGGUUGAGUUAUAUGCUGUAGGUGAGCAUCAAUACCACGGCACAAUUUUUUUCUUUUUCUUUUCUGAAAUGUCCUUGAAAGUAAAAGAAUCCCAUAAAAUCAUGAUUAUUUGUGUCAAAACAGAUUCACCAGUGUGAACACUUAGGCUUGUAUGAUUUUUACAAAUAUUAUUUGCAGAAUAAAUUUAAUUAAAAAAUGGUCAUUGAAAAGAAAAACCAUCACCUUUUCAUUGUUGAAUAAGUACUUUAUUCUCAGGCUUGAUUAUGUUUCAUAUGAAAAGCAAAAUUAAAACGUAUACUUCCUCCAAUAUAGCAUAGGCACAUUACAGAAAAGGCUUGGUUCGUAAAUAAGAACAUUGGUAACAAAACGCUGAUGCAAGAAAGCAUAGAAAAAGGCAUACAUGUCCAACAGGGAAUCUUUUGUUGAUGUAUAUAUGUAUACAUACACCAAGGCACAUGAAAGAUGAUGCAAGAAAACAGCAGAAACUAAUUUACAGACUGGAGAAGGGCUACUGAACUACAAGGAAAGGGAUUAACACUGAAAACAAAUUGAGGGAAUGUUGGCUAAUUAGGAAUAAAUGUAAGGGAACUUGAGCGAAUAACCUCUGAAGGAGUUUGGCCUUGUCUUUUCCUCUCAAAGCUCAGGAAGUGAUUAUGGUCCCUGUGUCUUUCUGUAAUAUUUCUAGAUUGCUAGUAUAGAUCUAGAUUAUUCUGGAGAAAGAAAAAAAGAGGAAUGACAGAAUUUAUGCAUGCAUCCAAAGGCGCAAGCUGGUUGCUUCAAUUGCACAUCCCUCCAUGUUAAAAUGCCCCUUGUUUACAAUUUUCAAAUUAGUUAGUAUUCCUGUAUAUGCCCAGUCUGGGGAAAAUGAGGAGUAAAUUCUGGAGCAUCUUUCAGACUCUGAGCUGUCAUGCACAGAACCAAAUAAAUACUGUGACAAUACUGCCAUAACGUAGUAGCCACAAGGCAAAAAAAAGAGGGGAAAAAAGGCAAACAAGUUCUCCAUAGUCACCCUGCUCCAUAAAAACACACCUGGACCCCAUGGCCAAACGGAGAGCCAGGUAAAGCAUCAGUGAUGGAAAAAUAAUGCAACAGCAUCACAAUGGCUUCUGUAUAUGGCUGUUAAGACACUAAAUGAUUCUCAGAACUAGAUGGCAUGUGUAUGUGUGCAGUUCGGUAACAUCUCAACCUCUACUGGCUAAACAAGAGAACUGCAUGAAACGUAGCGCUACAAUAAAUAUGGCCUUGUUUUUACUGUACAUCAACUGUAAAUACUGAGGUUUAGCAGUCUUAGCCUGUUUAUCAAUCAAUGACAAUCUGUAUUAGGGCAAUACUACGGCAUAACACAAAACUAAAUGACAGCUUGGCACAAGGUAUACAUAUAAAGAAAGACUGACCAAAAUGCCUUUACUCCUGUUCACAGAAGAAGAAAAAAACAAAUAUCCAUAAUAUUUUCAGAAUUAUUCAACGCUCGGGGUGUUCUACCAACCCAAUAAACUGAGACAGACUUAUUUUGGUCCCAAUUUUUUGUAUAAACCACCUGCACAGUCUACCUUUGGCUUUCUUUAAACAGACAUCACGGUUAACACACUACUAAAUCAUACAUAAAAUGUCCUCCCUAUUUUGAUCUGAGACUUCUCAAUUGCUAACGUGGAGAAACAGUAAUUGAUAAAAAUCACAGAAAUGGUGUUAUAGGGAUAAAACGUUCGGAAAUGAGAUGGUCCACGUUCUGUAAACUAAAUAAAACACAACAUUUCUGAUGCUCCCGUAGCCUGAAAACCCCACCUGAGCUGUUUGUGAAUUAAAGUCCACCCGUGCAGAAUGGCAAAACAUAAAACAAGGAGAGUGAUAUUGCUCUCUGGUCACUUGAUAACGUCGUAGCUAUUUUAAAACAAAAUAAAGGUUGUUAAAUGUCGAAGAACGAUGCUCAGACAGCGACUGCUUCAAUGAGAUCUCCCAUACUGCCACCUGCCUGUCCAAAA